AGUAUAAGUAGGUAUUAUGCUACUAACGUUCGAAAUAUUAGUUGUUGUGAAAAAACAGUGUUUACUUUUGUAAUAUUAGUGCUAUGAAGUAUUACUGGAUUGUAUUAUGGUCGCUAUGGGCAGGCCGACUGGUACGGCAGCCAACGUUACCGGUGCGCGUGCGCAGUGGUCUAGUGCGCGGGUCAAUGGCAGCUGAUGGAACACAUAUAAGUUACCUGGGAAUACCGUACGCUUCUUACGAACUAAGAUUCCAGAGUUCUCGUCCGAGUCCACAAUGGGAGGGCACAUUAGAAGCCAUCGAGGAACACAUUAGGUGUUCACAAAGAUUCUCAAAAUCUUUGAUUUUGGGACAGGAAAACUGCCUCACGCUAAACGUUUACACACCCGCCCAACCAGCUAAUAAACUUCGACCUGUAAUGGUUUAUAUUCAUGGCGGUGGUUUCAGAGACGGCUCCGGUUCUCCAUUUCUAUAUGGACCGGAUUAUUUAAUAAAACACGAUGUUAUUCUAGUUACAUUUAAUUAUAGACUUGAAGUAUUAGGAUUUCUAUGCCUAGGUAUUGAAGAUGCUCCUGGAAACGUAGGGUUGAAAGACCAAGUGCAGGCGUUACUGUGGGUUAAAAGAAAUAUUAGAGCUUUUGGUGGUGAUCCCGAUAAGGUAACAUUAUUCGGUGAAAGUGCUGGGUCAGCAUCUGUGCUUUACCAUAUUAUUUCACCAUUAUCCAAAGGACUCUUCCAAAGAGCAAUCAUGCAAAGCGGCUCAGCAAUGUCACCUUGGAGUUUACAAUUUGAGCCUAUGAAAACGGCAAGAGAAUUUGCGAAACAAAUGGGUUACAACUUUGAAGAUCCUCAUCAAUUGUAUGAAUUAUUUCAAAGUAAAUCAGCUGAAGAAUUACUUAGCACGCGAAUACCGAGACUUGAAGGUGAUGUCGUGCUAUCAGAGAAUAUCUUCGUACCGUGUGUAGAAAAGAAAAUACCAAAUGAAGAACAAUUUAUUAGUGACGUACCAUUUAACUUGAUAUCCAAGGAGAUGUACAAUAAAGUUCCUAUUAUUAUGGGUUAUAAUAACGCCGAAGGCUAUAUGUUUGUUGGUAAGGAAAACGAUACUACAAAAAGUAAAUUCAAUUUCUACAGCGCAAUGCCCAGAGAUCUAGAAUUCUUAUUACACGAUGAUAAAGUAAAAAUAGCACAACAACUUCAAAAGAUUUACAACGAUACCAAUAAUUCAGACGAUAUGUUACUAAGAUUAUCAGAAUUCGAAGGUGACUCUGGUAUUAUAUAUCCCGUAACUAUAACAACUGAAAUGCUUGCUAAAAGUAAUAAACACCCUGUUUAUGCGUACAAACUCAGCUAUGAUGGAUGGAUGAACAUAAUCAAAAUGCUAAUUAAAUUUUGGAAGUAUCCCGGCGCCACCCACGCCGAUGAUCUCUUUUAUAUGUUUAAGGUGAAAGUGACGUUAGUGCAAUCGUUCUUUGAAAUGGACACAAUUAAUAAGAUCACGACAUUGUGGACGAAUUUCGCUAAAUAUGGAGACCCAUCACCUGCUAUAACCCAAGAGUUACCAAUGAAAUGGCUCCCAGUUGACAAAAACGACCCCCAUUUACUGGUCAUUGACAGAAAGUUCUCAAGCGAACCGCUAUGGGACGACGAGAAAUUGUUAUUUUGGAAUAAAACUUACUCCAAAUUUAGAAGAAAGAAGUAAAAUUAAUAGAUCUAAAAGACUUUAUUUUAAGAAUUUAUUUAUUUCAUUUUACGUAAUAUAUGUAAUCAUAAAGGUGUGAUCGGAACAAAAAUGUGUUACAUUGUUGGAGAAUUUUCUAUAUUAGGUAAUGGAACCGAGGGUUAAGACACAGAUUGUUAAUUACAACUUGAUUACUGUUGUGAUUAAGUAAAUAAAGUAACUUUUGUAUUUUAUUUAUAUAAA